AUGGAAGCCAAUCCCAAAUCGGUGAUCAUUGACAUCAUUGGUCUAUCAGCUCAAAAAGCAGAAGAAACACUUAGAAAUCAAGCUUUAACAGCCAAACUCCUGAGCGUUGCAAACUCUGCUAAAUCGUUUCCUCAGUUCAGUCCUUCAACAAGCUCUGGUAAGCUUCUAUACUCAAUUGCAACUUCAGUUCCAGAAUCAAUUGAUACCUUCAAGCCUUUUCUAAUCGAGCAGGUCGCUAUAAACAACAUAAAAUCAGCACCUCAAUUAGAAGCAGCUAUUGAGUAUCUCAAAAAGAAUAAGAAAGUUGAGCAAGAAGAAUUUCUGAGAUUUUGUGGGGUAGGCGUUGAAGUUACCACAGAACAAAUCCAAGCCACAGUCAACGAAAUCUUGGAUAAUGAUGCAGAAACUAUCAGAAAGCUUGGAUGGGAAAAUAAAGGCUUAGUCGGCAAUCUCAUAGGAAAAGUCAAACAAGUCCACAAGUGGGGAAACCCAAACACCAUCAAGGAACUUGUAGAAGCCAAGCUUUUGACUAUUUUAGGCCCUAAGGUAGAAGGAGAAGCCCAAAAAGCAAAAAAAAAGGAAAAAGUCACACUGGUGGAAGAGACCAAGAAGGAAAAGCUGAGCACUUGCAUUGGGAGAGAACUUAAAAGUGCAGUAAACACCGAAGAGCAGAUGAAAAAGCACUUAGCCUUUACUGGUGGAAAAGUGAUGACUAGGUUCCCACCAGAGCCAAACGGAUAUUUGCAUAUUGGCCAUGCUAAAGCUAUGAGAUUCAGCUUUACAAUGGCUGCUGAAAAUGGCGGUCAUUGCUACUUAAGAUUUGAUGAUACUAAUCCUGAAAAGGAGACUGGAGAGUUCAUAGAAAACAUCAAGAGAAAUGUCGCUUGGCUCGGCUACACACCAUGGAAAAUCACCCACGCCAGUGAGUAUUUCCCUGAAAUGUACGAAUUGGCAUUGGAACUAAUAAGAAGAGACAAAGCUUAUGUUGAUGAACAACCAUGGGCUUUAAUUAAGGAGCAGAGAUUUAAUCAAAUUGACAGCCCUUAUCGUAAUACCUCGCCUGAAGUAAAUCUAGAGAAAUUCGAUAAAAUGAAAAGAGGCUACUAUGCUGAAGGAGAAGCAUGCUUGAGAAUGAAAAUUGAUAUGAAGCACCCUAACCCAUGCAUGAGAGACCCAGUGGCCUAUAGAAUUAAAUAUUUACCACAUCCACAUGUAGGGGAUAAGUGGUGUGUUUAUCCAACUUAUGAUAUGGAACAUUGCAUUGUAGACUCUAUUGAAAAUAUCACCCACAGUCUUUGCCGUGUCCUCACACGACGACUAUUUCAUAACGACUAUUUUUUUUGGCCUAUUUUUUUUUGGCUAUUUUUUUUGGCCUAUUUUUUUUUGGCCUAUUUUUUUUUGGCCUAUUUUUUUGGACUUUUUUUUGGCCAUUUUUUAGCUAUUUUUUUACUAACCUCCCCCCCCCCUCCGUGAGCGAACAAAAAAAUUUUGUUCGCUCACGGAGGGGGGUUAAUUUUUUUUUUUAAAAAAAAUUUAUAUAUAAAUUUUAUAAAAAAUAUUUUUUUUCGAAAUUUAAAAAAAUCCUAAUUUGCAAAAAUUGGGAAGCAAAUAUUAAUUUAAUUUGCAAAAUUUAUGUUUUAAAACGCAAUUUUGUUUAAAAUUAAACAGAAUUAGCUCUAGAUUUCAUUAUACUAAUUAUCACUUAUAUAUCAAAAUUUUUUUUCCAUUAAAAUUUUUUCUAUUAAAAAAAUUUUUGUUCACUCACGGAGGGUGGGUUUUUGGUCAAAAAAUGGGCGAUUUUUCUAAUGGUUUUGUUCGCUCACGGAGGGGGGGGGGGGAGUAAUAUUUGGGCCUAAUUCCAUCUUAAUGAUUUUAAUAUAAAUUUUUAAUGUAUUUUAAACGAUUUUAUCAUCAAAAAAUGCACCUUUAACAAAUUUACUCAAUAUUAAUCACGUAAGGAAAUAUAUUCGUUACUCAAUAAUUAUUUAGUUCUCUCAGUAGCUUCAAGAAUGAACUCGACAGAAAAAAUAGGACAGAAAAAUUAAAAUAGGCCAAAAAAAAUAGUCGUUAUGAAAUAAUCGCCAUGUGAAAGUAACCAGUCUUUGCACCUUAGAAUUUGAAAUCAGACGUGAUUCUUACUAUUGGCUUGUUGAAGCUCUAGAUCUCUAUAAAGCCUCAGUUUGGGAGUACUCAAGACUCAAUAUCACCCAUGUCAUGAUGUCAAAACGAAAACUUCAAGCUUUAGUUGAAGGCAAACUUGUUAAGGGCUGGGAUGAUCCUCGUCUACCAACCUUAAAUGGCUUGAAGAGAAGAGGCUACACAUCAGAAGCCAUCAAUGAAUUUGUCGAUCUUGUAGGCGUCACCCGCAGAGGCAACGAAAACAUCAUUUCUAUCAAACUUCUUGAGCACUGUAUCAGAAAGGACUUAAAUGAAAGAGCUCCUAGAACUUUAGCUGUCAUUGAACCUUUAUCAGUCACUAUUGCUGGCUUAACCUCGCCACAAACUAUUAGUGUCCCACGCUUUCCACAAAACCCUGAAAAAGGUUCAUAUACAGUUACAAUCACUUCUAACAUUUUCAUCGAAAGAUCAGAUUUCCACGAAGCUGAUGACCCUUCUUUCUUUGGCCUCGCUCCUGGAAAAAUUGUUGGACUUAAAUAUCUUCCAUUCAAAAUCCGCUGUGUUCGCUUCGAAAAAGAUAACCGCACCGGCGUUGUUAGUCGCUUAGACUGUGAAGUAGUAAACGACGAGACAAAGCCUAAAGGUGUCUUACAUUGGAUUUCUUAUGAAGACUCUGUCCCAUGUGAAGUAAGAUUAUACGACUACUUGUUUUUAUCAGAAAACCCAGCUGCUAUUGAAGACUGGAAAUCUGACCUAAACCCUAAUUCAUUACAGUCUAUAGAGGGAGCCCUUAUUAAUAAGGAUUUAUUAGACGCCCAACAUGAAGAUAAAUUCCAGUUCGAAAGAGUCGGGUAUUUCUCAGUUGAUUAUGACUCUACCAAUGAAAAGAAAGUGUUUAAUAGAGUAGUCACUUUAUUAGAAGGCAAGAAAAAACCUAAAGCAUAA